UCGUGAACAACCCUAUUUAUAUUAUAAUAAUAUGUAUGUAUUUUUAAGAUUUCAAAUAAACAUAGCUAAGGAUAAGCAAAAAAUGGAUGGAUCAACAACUCCAGCAACAACUGUUGGCGGCACGCAAGUCAAAAUUGGUGGAAAUCCUGGCACGAUUUCAGCUGUUAUCUACAUUUGUGGAGAUUGUCACAAAGAGAAUGAAAUACGUCCAAAAGAUCCAAUUAGAUGUCGAGAAUGUGGCUAUAGAAUUCUUUACAAGAAAAGAACUCGAAAAAUGAUGGUUUACGAUGCUCGAUAAAUGUUCAAUAAUGAUAUUUUGUGGUUUAUUUUUGUUAAAAUUAUUUAAAUUGUUGAAAAUUAA